AUGUUACGACUACUAUCAUCCAUAUUUUGGUUGAAACUAAGAAAAUUUCUGUCUCUUUAUCCGACAUUUACCAUUGAUAAAGAUCUGAAGCGUCAAUUCUAUUGGUUGGCUGCUAAUGGUCCUGUUUAUAAAAAAUUCAACAAUGACAUAUGCCAAGAGUCCCAUGAUGAAGAUAAUCUCAUUCAGAAACCGACGACCAAAAGUGAUGAAAGAGAAGUGGAAUUUCGGCCUGAUCAAUUUUGGGCAAUUGAAAAUCAGAUUUAA